AUGGCACAUACAGCACUCAAUGACGAAGAAAUUAAAGAAUAUUUCGAUAAUCCAGAAGAACUUGAUGAGAAAAUAAAAAAAUUAGCAGAUUUGAUUCGAAAUGCAAAACAUUUCGUUGUCUACACUGGAGCAGGUAUAUCAACGUCAGCUGGCAUUAACGACUUCCGUGGCCCGACAGGUGUUUGGACAUUUCGGGCGAAAGGUAUUCUUCCACCAGCACAGACCGUCCGUAAUCCAGAACCAACAUUGACACAUAUGGCGUUCGUCGAGCUUAUGAGAAAAAAUUAUCUAAAAUUUUUAGUUUCUCAAAAUUGUGACGGUCUUCAUCUAAAAAGUGGAAUACCAACGAACAAAAUUGGUGAAUUACACGGAAAUUCCAAUUGUGAAGCUUGUGCAAAGUGUGGAAAAGUCUAUUAUAGACAAGAACGUGUUCAGAAUUAUGAGCACAAAACUUGGUUAACGGGAUAUUUCUGCAGCACACCAGAUUGUAAUGGGCGUCUACGUUGUACAACCGUUGCAUUUACUCAGUCGAUGCCUGACAUUUGUUUGGAUAGAGCAACUAGGGAAUCAGAAAUUUGCGAUUUAAGUUUGUGCAUGGGAACAUCAAUGCGAGUUGCGCCUGCAUGUACACUUCCGGCUAUGAAUUUGAAAUCUGGAGAAAAAACUAUGGUCAUUGUCAAUUUACAAAAGACUCCAUAUGACGAUCUAUGUAAACUGAGAAUUUUUGCACGAUGCGAUGAUGUAAUAAGAAUGGUAAUGAAAGAAUUAAAUUUAACAAUUCCACCAUACACUGAUUUGAAAUUGUGGUUAAAUUCAGAAUGGUUGAAUGACUUUGAAAAGAAUUGGCCUUUUCGAACUGUCGGUGACACAAGCUGGUUUUCCGGUGAUAUUUAA